CAGAGCCAUGCAAACUUGCCGUUUCCAGCCCCUCUAUCUCUCGCCAUUUGUGUCGAAAAAAAAAAAACGCUCUCUUUCUCUUUAACCCAUUUAUCUUCUCCUCUCUCUAUAUUUAGCAACCCCAAAUAAGGGCUUCUUCUUUUCUCUCUAAUCUAUCUAGAGAAAGGAAGAAGAAAGAUCUUUGCUUGUUUUAAAGAUUUGAAAUUGAGUUUUGAAAGGAUCAUGUAAAUUUCCCCCCUUUUGUUGGUUUUGAUCAGUGGGGUAUUUUUGCUUUUGAGGAGGAGAAAUGGGUAGAGGGAAGAUUGAGAUUAAGAGGAUUGAAAAUUCAAAUAGCAGGCAAGUCACAUUCUCUAAAAGAAGAACUGGGUUGCUUAAAAAGGCUCAAGAACUUGCCAUUCUCUGUGAUGCUGAAGUUGCUGUUAUUAUCUUCUCCAACACUGGCAAGCUCUUUGAGUUCUCCAGCUCUGGCAUGAAGAGAACUCUUUCAAGAUACAAGAAGUGCCUAGAUUCCACAGAGCCAGCCAGAGUAGAACACAAGGCUGAGAAACAAGAUUCAAAGGAGGUGGACAAUCUUAAAGAGGAAAUUGUUAAGCUACAGGCAAAACAGCUGAUGCUUUUAGGCCAUGACCUGACUGGCUUGAGUUUGAAAGAGUUGCAACAUCUGGAGCAGCAAUUGAAUGAAGGGUUAUUAUGUGUGAAAGAGAAAAAGGAGCAUUUACUGAUGGAACAGCUAGAGCAAUCCAGAGUACAGGAACAGCGGGCUAUGCUGGAGAAUGAAACUUUGCGCAGACAGGUAGAGGAGCUUCGAUGCUUCUUCCCAUCAACUGAUCACUCAGUCCCUACUUAUCAUGAGUACUAUUCAAUGGAGAGGAAGCAUUCUCUUGGUUCUGCUAGUGCGGACAUAGCCUGCAAUUGCUCAACUGAGAAAGGAGAUUCAGAUACUACCUUGCAUUUGGGGUUGCCAACUGAUAGGUACCGGAAGAGGAAGGCACCAGAGGGAGAAAGCCAUUCCAAUGAUUCAGGAAGCCAAUUAGUCCUGCUGUGACACUUUUCUUGGUGGCAUGUUCUCCUUUACUGUUAAUAUAAACAGGUAGAGUCGGUUCUAGCAGUUUCUGCAGGCGUCGGUUUAGCCAACGAAUGAAAAACCUUCAAAGUUGUAGUUAGUUUUCCUUCGGUUGUAGAUGUUUCAAAUGUAGGAGAAACAACUGAAAGUUUUCAGGUGACAGAUGGAAACAAGUAGCUACUCUACUGUUACCCAUUCUGAGUAAUGGCAUACAGAUCUUUUUCUUCU